AAUAUCUGAAGGUAAGUUUAAAAACAAUCUUGUCGUAAGUUGAGUGUAAGCAUUUGCUGUCCUCACCCCCUUGUUUUUCCUGCUGCAGCAAACCCCGCUCUAUGCUAGUGUUAACUUUGUGUUGCUGCAGAGUUAAGUAGGUCAGGGAACUGAACCAAGUGAAAAAUAGCCAGGAGGAAAAAAUAUUAAGUGUUUUGAGCUGGCUGAGUUCCUGGAUUGGGUUCACUGUUUGGCUACACAAUUGCUUGUGCCAGCCCAGCUCAGGAAGUGGUGCAAGAAGAAUAAGUGAUAAAAGUCUUGGAUCUUGCAAUUGCUUCAUCCAUUUAAAGCAUUACUGCCAACAGAUGUUUUUACAGCCUUAAAUUAAAAGCUCCCAAAUUGUUUACAAGGCAUGCAAAGUGAUGGUUAUUUUGGCUCAACUUUUCCAUUAAGUCAUUUAAGUCAUUUGAGAGAAUGAUGUUCUUCAAAAGCAGAGGGAAGCAAAGAACUUCAUAAAUGGCUGAAGGCAUCUUUUAAGGGCAGCAGUGAGACAAAAUUGGGUUUCUUAAUACUGACUACUACUUAAAAUUAUUCCUACAUCUUUUCAAAUGUCUGAUUAUAUGCAUUUACUGGAAAAAAUAUUUACUUUUUUAACUUGACCCAUACAAUGUUGCUAAGGAUAAGUUCCUAGAAAAAAACAUCGGAAUGUGAAAAUAUUUUCAGUUUCUGCCUGUCCUUAAGAGAGAUCUGCUUUUCUCUGUUAACCCUAGGCUAUUUUUAUUGGUUUUGGACCAGGAUUCAAAUUUCAGACUCAAGUUGAUCCAUUUGAAAACAUUGAAGUAUAUAAUUUAAUGUGCGACUUGCUUGAUUUGAAGCCAGCCCCAAACAAUGGAACCCAUGGAUGCCUAAAUAAUCUCUUAAGGAAUCCUGUUUACACCCCUCACCAUCCCAAAGAAACAAGCCAUCCUUCUGAAUGCUCUUUUGUGGGACAAAGAACCUUUCCAGUGAGCCUUGGCUGCUCCUGCAGGACAGCAGGCUUGCCAGUAAGAGAUUUUCAUCAGCGUUUAAAUCUUACUGAAACAGAAGUUAAGAAGAUAGAGACACUUACUUUGCCCUACGGACGGCCCAGGGUUCUGCAGAAGAAACAUAAUUACUGCCUCCUUUACCAUUACCGCUAUGUAAAUGGAUACAGCAAGGACUACAAGAUGUCACUGUGGAGUGCAUACACCAUUAACAAAAAUGACAAUUGGAUUUCUACCGCAGAAGAUAUUUCCAGCUGCUUACACAAGGAUGUUCGUAUUCCUUCUAAUCAUAACCAGACGUGUUCAUUUUACAACAGUCAUCCUAGACUAACUUAUGGAUUUCUUUCUCCUCCAAAUUUUAUGAGAGAUGUAAAGAAAUCUCAUUAUGAUGCCUUGCUCACCAGCAACAUUGUGCCAAUGUAUCCUGCAUUUAAAGUGUUAUGGAACUACUUCCAUCAGUCCCUGCUGCCUGAGUAUGCUGCAGACAGAAAUGGUGUCAAUGUAGUAAGUGGUCCCGUGUUUGAUUACGACUCUGAUGGGAUCUAUGAUACCCCAGAAAAGGUGAAAAGACACCCUGGUAACUCAGAAGUUCCCAUUCCUACUCAUUUCUUCAUUGUGCUGACUACUUGUAAAAAUACUUCUGAAACUCCUUUGAAGUGCAAAGGAUCUCUUGAUGCCUUAUCUUUCAUUGUACCUCACAGAGAAGACAAUAGUGAAAGCUGUGCAGAUGGGAGGUCUGAGUCGCUGUGGGUUGAAGAGAGAAUGAAGUUUCACAUAGCUCGGAUCAGAGAUAUAGAAUUACUUACAGGACUCAGCUUCUAUCAAGACAGAAAACAGCCAGUAUCUGACAUUUUACAGUUAAAAACAUAUUUACCAACUUUCGAAACGGUCUGAUUUUUCCUAUGUAAUAUUUUUGUCCAUUUUACAACAUAUGUAAAUAGAAUUUAAUUGAUGAUUUUUUUUUUUAAAUAAGCUGGAACAUUUGAGAACUCUUGACCAAAAUGCCAGUGGGGAGGAAAGUGGGAGCCGUAUUUGUAUCUCAGGGACUCCUGAUGGACUAUGUAUAUAACACAGGGUGGCAGCUUCUGUUGUUCACCCUUGAAUAUGGUAGAACCAUGGCCAUUAUUAAAUGCUGUCAAUAUUUGAUCAUCACAGUCUGAGACAAAAACAAAACUAUCUUUUACAUGCACUGGAGAGGAGGAGUUUUACAAAGCACAAGUUACGAUCAAUGUGGUCAAUUUUCUAAUUAGCAAAUAUUUUAAAGUUUUAAGAAAUAACUGCAUUAUUGACCAUUGAAAUACAAAAAGCAGCAGAUUUCCUUGAAGCAUGAGUUAUAUUCUGAAUUUUGAGUCUCGUGUAAUAA